UGACUUUGAAAUGACAAUAUAACCAAUCGGUAACGUUUAAUGUGGGGGCUCGAAAUCGAAGAUGGGUUGCCCAGUGUCGAAAAAUGUUUCGCGGUCGCUUCAGAGGAAAAACGACGAAGAUGAUUGCAACUACAAUGUUGAAUACGACGAAGAAGGUGAACACGUGAGCAAAUACGACAGGAACAUUAUAGAUCACAUACGGAAAGACUUGCGCGACAACCCGGAACUGUUUGUUUUAAACAACGUGUUGAUGUCUACAUUGUUUUUGGAUAAUUUUCAAACCGAAAUCCGAGAGGUCAUUCAGAAGCGUCACCUAAAUGGAGAAAGUACUAUCGAACCCGAUAUUUUACUCGAAAAGGCCAACAAAAACGUAAUUUACCGCCCUCUGCAUGGUCCCAAAAAGGAUGCACCAGAACCGUUAGUUACGAAGAGGAUCUAUUUUCCCUUAAAUGAUUCGAUCGAAGUGUAUCAAUCCAUCGAUGUACCGGAUCAACUGGGAAGACGAACGAAAUGUCAAGUCAAAAUCGAAGACUCGCGCAGAAGAGGCUACGUUAAACUACGUGAACUGACGUCAUCGAUUCCACCGGAUAACAAUUCUCAGAUUGAAUAUCUAUCAAUACCGUCAUCAAGUACGAGCGGAACAAGCGAUACCGACACAGAUAAUACAUCCGGAUAUUCAUCGGUUACAGACCUGAGGAUUCCCAAACCAAUCCAAGACGAUAACGGAAACGUUGACAAUCAAUCGUUAAACGACUGUUUCGUCUACAGAAAAGUGAAGAAAGCGGAUAUAGAUCUCGACAUGGAAGAUUUGGAUGCCGAGGAACUUACCGACGAGGACGUGUACGACGUUGUAUCGUAUCUAACUUCGAGAGGGUUUAUGAAAUAUUUUCAAAGCACCCUUUUCAUCAAUUCUACGGAAAGAGCCUUAUGUUUCGACAAUUGCCAAGUUACGGACGCCAAAUCGAUACCAGGAAAAAUUUUCUGCAACUUGACCGAUAACGAGGAAACAUACCCCUGCGAGAUUAUGCCGUGUUUAACUAUUUCGUGGCCCGAAGGUCAGACAUUGGAUUUUCUUUGGCGAGAAAAUACGGAAAGAAAAUCGCUUUGGCCGACGGAGAAAAUGCUGAACGAAAUGAGAUGCUUAAACUGCGCUCUGGUUCCGAAAAGCUACGCCAGGAAACGCGGCUUCUACCCGGACGCCGAUCUGGAAUGGGAAAUUCAUUUUCCGUUGGCCGAACGAUAUUUAGAUUCGUACAUGUCAAUGCCGCAGCUCAAAUGUUUAUUGGUUCUAAUGACGUUGCACAAGGAAUAUAUAGAACCUAUCACGAAACAACAAGGUCUCCUGCCGGAACAUCUGAAGACGCACAUGUACUGGCAAUGUGAGAAAAACUACAACGAAUGGCCCGAACACAGGCUAGGAGUUAAACUAUUGAAUAUAAUUCAGAGUUUGUCCAACGCUCUACAUAAACGGACUUUUCCAGAUUAUUUCGUGAAGAAGAAGAAUUUGUUCCAAAACAUCCAGCGGAAGUAUUUGGAACCUGCAAACGAAGCGUUCCACGCAAUUAUUCAGUCACCGCUCACGUUUGUGAUUAGAGCGUUGAGAAAUUUGAGAAACAAGAGUGGCAAGUUUUAUCCCCCACUUGAUUACAAAGAACUCAUACGGAUAUUGACGUCUUCGGCUUGGGACUUAGAGAACGGGACAGGAGAACUCGACACCGUAUCUGUCCAGAAAAAGCCCAGGUUUACCGAUGCGGAAAAACAAUUACAAUACGUCAAAGAAAUGCAACGCAAGAGGAAGAUUUUGGAAAAACGGAAGGCAAAAGAAGCCGGCAAGCAAAACAUUACGAAUCUCAAAUACCAUUACAGUUUUGCCGCCAGGAGGGAAUCUCACGAUAGCAUCGAUGACGACUGGAAAUGCGAAAAACAGUUCGACAUUCACAAAAAGAUGGCUCUGCUAAAAUUGUUCAUUACCAACUACAUAAACCUCGCGAAAACGUGCACCAGGAUAAGCACGGUCAGACAAAGCAUGUUUUACCUGAAACAGGCUUGGUAUUUAACGAAAAUAUUCGAAGAGGAGUGCGCCAUCUUCAGGGACGAAGUUCAAGAGUUCUACAAAAAAAUUAAAAAGGAAGAAGCCAAUUGUUUCGAAGAGAAACCAGUAAGCGAAGCGUUGAACUUAACUGCGCAACCCCAAAUAGUGAUCAAUGAUAGACAAACGAGUGAAAAAGACGAUAUAAUAAAUUACCAUUCCUUGAACCGUUCAUACAAUAGUGCUGCAAGAAAUUCUAGAUAGCGAACAUUUUGCUACCGCAAUAGUACUUCAUUUCGUAUUAAAUUGUGAUUACAGCGUAAAUUUUAUAUGUGUUAACUUAUUAUUUGCAAUCCGCGUUCUAGUCACUUUCAUUUUGUACUUACG